GAUUUAGUUUAAUUAAAAAUGUGUUGUGAUUAUUUACUUUUUGGGGAUAUUUAUUAUCCACCUGUACAGUAGGUGGCGGAAUGCAGAUAUAAUGGUUGCGAAAGCUAUUAUACCAAAGAAGAAAACGCUUGGACUUUGUAUGUUUGGAAUUUACGUCCUGUAUCGGCUACCGGAGGAAGAAUGGCCGGCUGGAUGUGGUUUCGCUGCUUUUUGGGGCCUCAUCUCCAGAGAGUGCACCGUUCACAGGAGGAGUCCCGACCCGAAGGAAGAGCAGGCAGGAGGGGAUGGACUUAUCAACCCAAGAGCCUGGAGAAACACACUGACAGCAUCCUCGGAUGGGCGUCAGCUUUGUGGUCUCUGUCAUACUACAGCUCCCCUCUCGUCCUCUGCUACCUUUACAGAAAAGGGUACAUCUGCAGCAGUAAGCUGGUCCCAGUCAGUCAGUAUGUGGGAACUGUGAUCGUUUGUCUGCUGGGGGUUGCCUUUCUGAGAGGUUGGGGACGGUGGAGGAACUCAGAGUAUCAACAGUUCAUCUCCAUUCUGGAGGAAACCAGGAAGAACCACACGCCUAGCAACAAGAAAAAGCUGGCCUGCUAUGAUUUUGACUUCUCUCACUGGCCGGCAGACUUCAGCUGGGAAGAAGUUAGCAAUCCGAAGCUGCUGUCCAAGGCAGGAGUGUCUCUACUGAAGCCAGAGCCCAAACUGAGAGGGGCAGCAGACAGCAUGCUCAACUCUUUACGCACUCUACCAUGCCACAUCGUCAGUUUUCUGAUUGCCCACUCAUUUGGGAGGAGGAUUCUAUACCCUGGGUCUGUAUACCUACUGCAAAGGGCUAUGAGACCCAUGCUACAACAGGGCCAGGCUAGACUUAUAGAAGAGUGUGAGGGUCAGAGGAACAAGCUGGUGGCGUGUGAUGGGAAUGAGAUUGAUACCAUGUUUGUGGACCGCAGGAGAGAAGAAGGACUGCACGGACAGACUCUGGUGAUCUGCUGUGAGGGGAAUGCAGGCUUCUAUGAGGUGGGCUGUAUGAACACUCCAUUGGAAGGUGGAUACUCAGUGCUUGGCUGGAACCACCCUGGCUUUGCAGGAAGCACGGGCGUACCGUUCCCCCAGAACGAGGCCAAUGCCAUGGAUGUAGUGAUCCAGUUUGCAGUGCACAAGCUGGGCUUCCAGCUCAGUGACAUAGUGGUGUAUGCCUGGUCCAUAGGGGGAUUCACAGCCAGUUGGGCGGUGAUGUCCUAUCCAGAGAUCCAAGCGCUGGUAUUGGACGCCUCCUUUGAUGACCUGCUGCCGCUGGCCCUCAAGGUCAUGCCCGACAGCUGGAGGCCUCUGGUGACACACACAGUCAGGCAGUACAUGAACCUCAACAGCGCAGAACAGCUCUGCAAGUACCAGGGACCAGUGCUUCUGAUCAGAAGAACCAAAGAUGAGAUCAUUACCACCACGGGUCCAGAAGACAUCAUGUCCAACAGAGGAAACAACCUCCUUCUCAAACUUCUGCAGUUCAGGUACCCCAAGGUGAUGACAGACGAUGGAGUCAGGACCGUCAGAGCAUGGCUGGCAGCCUCCAACCCCGUAGAAGAGGCAGCGGUGUACAGUAGCUAUGAGGUGGAUGAUGACUGGUGUGUCUCUGUACUGCAGUCGUAUAAGACAGAGAGAGAUGUUUUCUUCCCCUGGAGCGUUGGCGAGGACAUGACACUGGAGGGAAGACGGCAGCUGGCUCUCUUCCUGGCACGGAAGUACAUGCGGAACUUCGACUCAACUCACUGCACUCCUCUCCCAUACUCUGAAUUCGCUGCCCCUUGGGGACUGUAAGAGGGUUGACGGAUGGAUAGAAACGAGAAGCAAAGAGGCUGGCGAGACCAACCAAUCAGAAGAGGUAUACAGAGCAUGGAUUGAAUCAUGCAUCUAUGGGAGGUGUUCAAGGCAGCUACACCCAGAUGGUAUAAGAACGUUGUGACCCUGGGGAAAACAACCUGUGGUUACCCCAUUGGCUCACAGCAAAAACUUGGCAUUUUGUCUACUUGUUUUAAUCAAUUACAAAACUAAAUUUAAGAAAAGUAGAUGUCUAAAGAUUACUACUACUUAGAAAGACCCUUAUGACAGUGCUAGUCAAGACCAACAACACAAAUGGACUAACGUUAAAUUGUCCUAAACAAUGCUUUCCACACGCAUAGCCUACGUGGGAGCAUUGCGAACAGUUGGUCGUGAUUUUUGACCUGGCUACAUGUACAUUGAACAACACAGCAGCUUUUCGGAAUGUUUAGUUAUUUCUGUAGAAAAAGUAGGCUCUCUUCCAAUGGGGUGAAUGGUAAAGAAUAUUUGUUUUCCCAAUUUGUGGGCGUGGUCUAGGGGAAUUCCUUAUUGCGUUAAUAUCGACUUGUAGUAUCAGAUGAAUGUUUGUUACUGUCAGCACUAACUCAUUUAUAAACUGGGUGGUUCCAGCCCUGAAUGCUGAUUUGCUGGGGGGGGGGUUGUGGUAUAUGGCCAAUAUACCACGGCUAAGGGCUGUGUCCAGGAACUCUGCUUUGCGUCGUGCAUAAGAACACCCCUUCGGGCCUUAUUGCUUAAAUAUACACUGCCAUCCUCGAACUAGAUAUUUAAAAUGCACCCUUCCAUAAAGUAAGCACUGAUCUCUAGGUAAUUGGAUAAACAAAAAGGCUUCAUCCUAUUACCUUUGACUACAAGGAAGGAAAGAUACAUCUUUAAAGGGAACAAGGAGCUCGUCUCUCCCUCCUUUCCUCCCUCUGGCUGCAUUUUAAAAAGUAUACAACUACUCUAAACAAAUUGGCUUUGAUAGCCUUAGAUUAAGCCUAGACAAAGAUCUACGUUUUACAAAUACAGCCAGGCCAUCCUCAUGUUCUACCUUUUUUUUUGUACUAUUAUUUUCUUGUGGACACUGUCAUUAUGAACAAAGCUGGAUCCUGUUAAAUAAAAUGUUGGCUAAAUAA